AAAACAUUGGUUGACAUUUCGUUUUUUGUAUGUACAUUCUAACCUUAAAAAAUAUAUUGUAAAGUGUUUUUUUCGUCAAUUGAUUGUAAAAAUGUUCUUAACACUGAAAUUACUAUCGAACCGUCACCCUUCAUUCAUCGCUCGCACUGUAUUUGUAAAGAACAAUAACGUAGAUGACGCAUGUCGGCUGGUGAACCGAAUCCUUGGCAAGGAAGGCAUCCUCGAUCAGUACAGGCUUACCAGAUAUUACGAGAAACCUUAUCAGACUAGGAGGCGUGUCAACCAUGAGCGAUGCAAGGCUAUCUACAACGAAGACAUGGAGAGGAAAAUACAGUUUGUCCUUAGAAAGAAUAGACAUGAACCCUUCCCUGGGUCAACCUAAUUAGGGUAACUGAUCUGUUAAUAUAACAGAAUACGAUUGUUAACUUAAAAUAGUUGUAGCAACCAUUUAGGUGGAUUUAAAUGCAGUCUCUGUGUAUGAAUACUUAUCUGAAAUAAUUUACGGUACUUCUAGUAAUAAAACAUGCAUGUAAAUAGUA